AUGGCUUCCUCAGUACCGCCGAGGCGACGAAUCCCCGGCCUACCAAAUCCGGUGUUGGAAGCAGAGCAGCAAAAAUGGCUUUUCACCGAGGAAGAAUUCGAGCGCACGCCAUCGCGCAUUGAUAAGAUCGAACGCGGGAAAGAGGACUAUAUUCGGCACCGCGCAGUCGAGUUCAUCUGGCAAGUGAGCGUGAUGUUAAAGAUGCCCCCGCAGACCUCAAUGACCGCCACGGUGUACAUGCACCGCUUCCUCAUGCGCUAUUCGUUGAUGGGCCAAUAUCCAGAGAUGGGGUCGGACCUGAUGCACCCGAAGGUGAUCGCCGCGGUGGCCCUAUUCGUCGCGUUCAAGGUGGACGAGGCCAUGCGCCGUAUGAAAGACUUCGUCAUCGCAUGCUGCCGCGUCGCCAUGAAACAACCGAAUCUAAUUGUCGACGAGCAGUCCAAGGAUUACUGGAAAUGGCGAGACCUGAUCCUGCAGAACGAGAGCGUCAUGCUUGAAUAUCUAUGCUUCGACCUACAGGUCGAGUCCCCCUACCGCAUCCUCUGGGACUACUCCCUCUUCCUCGGCGUCGGCGACAACAGAGCUCUGCGCCACUCUACCUACUCCUUCCUCAACGAUUCAACAUACACAGUCCUCUGCCUCCAAUUCCCACCCCGCGUCAUCGCCGCCGCGGCCCUAUACGCCGCAGCCCGCCACUGCAAAGUCGCCUUCCCCGACGACGCCGAAGGCCGACCUUGGUGGGAGCAGAUCGACGUCCGCCUCGACGACCUCAUCCGCGCCUGCACCUUCAUCGUCAAGAUCUACGAGCGCGUCCAACAAAGCCUCAGCAAGGGCUACCCAGACUUCUCCCUUUCAGACUCAACCUCCCACCCCAACGACCCAACCCGCAUCUUCGACACCGAUCCUACAAAAUCAUCCUCAGAGCAACAAUCCACCCCACCAACCGUCACAGUCACCGACGCUCCAAAUGGCCACAAACGCUCACGCGAACCCGAACCUCACCCCAACACACAUCAACACCCCCCAGAAAACAAUCAAAACAAUCCCACAAUCAACGGAAACGGCAGCGAACGAUCCCCUAAACGCCAACGCACAAUAACCCCCUCCCAUGAACCAAUUCCCGACCAAAAACAACCCCUUCCGCGCGUCCCAGCAGCCGCAUUAACAAAAGAAACCCCCCAGUCCACCUUCCUCCCAAUCGCCGAGAAAUCGGGCUCAAAUGCACCAAAAGAAGAGUCCAGCGAAGAAGGCGAACUACAUGAAAAACAACAUGUCGUUCCAGUCGCGCAUCACCCUACGGAUGUGGAUCGGAGUAAAACAGACUCCCAGCGAGAAGAGGGCGAGGCUGAUGAUGAUGGUGCUGGAAGUGAAGAAGGCGAGAUCUAA